UGAAAAACUUAUCCCCGCUUUUGAUUAUGGAUCAUUGGUUGAUACCACAUUUAAUUCUCUUUUUCUACCUUUGUAAUUACAUAAUAUAAAACAGACAUUGACAAACAGUACUUUUCGAGUCGUAAAGAAAUAUGACAGCAGUAAAUCACCUGAAAGUUUUACUAUUAAUAAUCGGCUGUUUAUUUUUAUGCAACAACAUCCAUUGUUUAGAGCAAUCAACAGUAGUAUCGGCUCAAACAAGUACGCAUGUUGAAAAUCCCACCACGACCACUAAAAAACAAAUUGAGGAAAAGACCGUAGCAGAAUGGGUUAUGGGACACAUCAAAUUUAGUAGAGACGAACGUCAAAAGGAGGAGCAGGAAGGGAAGAAAGCGAGAGAAGAAAGAGAAAGAGAAAGAGAGAAAAGCAGAAAUGAUGGAAAAAAUGAUAAAAACUCUUCUGAACACAGUAAUAACAAUGACGACUACAAUAGUAGCAGCAACAAAAACAGUGACCACAACAGCAAUAGUAACAACAGUAACAACAACAACAGUAAAAACAACAACAGUAACAACAACAACAGUAACAAUAGCAGUGACAACAGCAAUGAUAAGAGCCAGAGAAAAUAUGACCAUUCCCGAACUGACUCUACGCCCAGCAGCACGAUUGUCACAACCAUUAUUGUUGUAACCACUGAGACCCCUACUAUUUACACUGGAAAUGUGGCUCCUGCUCAACAACAAGGCAGUGGAGAGACGGACCCAGUAACGACUGACAAUAAUAAUAAACCUUCGCCCUCAGAAACUGCCUUUGUUGACAAGUUAAUAAAAGGCAGAGAUGCCUACCACCGCUUAGUGUUAGCAUUAUCUAUUGUAGGUGGCAUUGCUGGCAUUGCCCUUAUUGCAGGAGCUUUUAUCUUCACACGAAUGAGAAGUCGCAAAAGAAAGAGAAAGCAAACAUUAGACUUGGAAGGUGCUCAUGACACAUUGUCUUCUUCAGAUUCUUCACCAAAACCACCUCCUCUAGCCCAUUGCCGAACUUCCAGCAUACGAUCAGAGGACGGAGAGAUGACCAUCAUUGAUUUCAGCCAAGAUCCCUUUCAGGAUCCUUCUCAUACACUACCGUAUUACAAAAAUAAUUCCUCGUCCCAAAACGGGUUUAACAUGUCACCGUCCGAACCACCAUUGAAUUCUAAUACUCCUCAGUAUAAUGGUAGGCAAAACCAGACACUGUCCAUGCUUUCGCAAACCACAUCCGCCACAUUACCUUCGGCACCCACUGCCAAGGAACUUGACUCGCCUAAUUAUGAAAAUCCAUUUGAGGAUCAACCGGCUGAUGUGGUAUCACCCAUUGCAUCCAUGCCUCCACAUGAAUCAGAUAUAUCUCCUCGGGGCGUAAAAAAUAUACCAUCAUCACCAUCAUUAUUACGACCAAUCCAAAGAGUAUCACUACAAAAUCAAGCAGAAUUUCCGCCCGAUUUGCCGCCACCACCAGCGUACACUCCAUCUGCUGCCCCGAGUGCACCACCCUUGUAUGCUUUACCCGCGAAUGGAAGAACGCUCGAUCCACAACAUGAGGAGGACCAUUCGAGGCGGCAUUCGAUAAGUAGUUUUAGCAUGGCAUCCUCCAUACGUCCAAUAUCGCUAAGACGAGGGUCUGGUAGUCAUGCAUAUAUAUCAUCUCCAUUUUCAUAACAUCUUUUAUUCUUAUUUGUAUUCAUAACCCCCCCCCCCAAAAAAAAAAAAAUCUUCCCUAAUAAAUUUUUUGUAAAUACUCUCC